AUGACGACACGGCAUGUCGUUAAGUUUGUUAAACGCACCAGGUGGCAGGCGUUUCUUCCAUUUCCAUUACCCACUUCAUUCCUUCACAAACAAGUCUUUCUCUUCUCCUCCUCCUCCUCCUCCUCCUUCAAUCUUCACCAUCACAGAGCUCCUCUGCAUUUUCACCUCAGGUUGAAACUUGGACCAAGUGGUACAUUAGAGUUCACAGAGAUAUGGUACUACUACUUCACUGCUUUCUUCAGUUUCAAUGUCUUGUUGAUUGUGAUUGUCAAGUUUGAGUGCACCCUUGAUUUUGUGCAGGAUGGGAGUAGUUCUGGUGUGGAAGACAAUGAUAUUGAUUGGAACACAGAAGAUGAGCUUGAAUUGGAGAAUUUCACGUUAUCUCAUUCUUCAAGUUUGGUACUUACGGGUGGCGAAGCUACUGCCGUCUCUGGGGAGAUGGGUUCAUGUCCAAGUUCUUCCAAUUCCAAGGUUCUUGAUCAGUUUAUAGGGAUGGAAUUUUCUAAGAAGAUGGUUGAAAAAGCAAUUGAGGAACAUGGAGAAGAAAAUACAGAGGCAAUUCUGGAAACACUCCUCACCUAUUCGGUUCUAGAAAGUUCUUCCCAAGAACAGCAACAAACCGAUUCAGAUCAGUUUUCCUCUGAUUACGAAGGAAGCUUUCCGGAUGACUUUUCAGAUUUGGACAGCUCUAGUGAUGAGGAAAUCAUGAGUUCUGCAUCUGAGGAGGUAAAGCUACUCAUGUCCUUAAUCAAAAUGGGGUACACAGAAGAGGAGGCUUCCAUAGCUAUAGAAAGAUGUGGUAUGAGCUCGUCACUUCUGGAAUUGACUGAUUUUUUAUCUGCUUCUCAAUUGGCAAAGGCAGAAGAUGCCCUUCUUCCCCUUGAAGAAAAGCCUGGACAUCUGCACACUGACUAUGCUAAGAAGAAAAGGAAACUUCUGGUUGAUGAAGUGUCGAAAAGGAAGAGGCAGAACAGGCUCAUAGGGGAAGAUAAUGAGACAGUUCGUCUCCCAAAGCCAAUGAUUGGGUUCGGUAUCCCAGCUGGACCAUGCCAAUCUUACAGAAAUCUUCCAAAGCCAGCCAUAGGACCUCCCUAUUUUUAUUAUGAGAAUGUAGCCCUUACUCCUAAAGGGGUUUGGGACACUAUAUCCAGAUUCCUAUAUGACGUUCCACCUGAAUUUGUUGACUCUAAGUACUUCUGUGCUGCUGCCAGAAAAAGAGGUUAUGUUCACAAUCUUCCAGUAGAGAAUAGAUUUCCUCUUGUUCCCCUUCCCCCGCAAACCAUACAUGAGGCAUUGCCCUUGUCAAGAAAGUGGUGGCCUUCAUGGGACACUCGGACAAAGCUAAAUUGCUUAAUAACAUGCCAUUCAAGUGCAAAAUUAACAGAGAGGAUCAUGAAGGCUCUUGAGGGCUACGAUGACAUUCCACCGGAACGAGUCCAGCGAGGUGUAUUGAAUGAAUGCCGUAAGUGGAAUCUAGUGUGGGUUGGAAAAAAUAGGGUUGCCCCUCUUGAGCCUGAUGAAUUUGAAAUGCUUUUGGGGUUCCCAAAGAACCACACCAGGGGAAUAAGCAGGACUGACAGAUAUAAAUCACUCGGGAAUGCAUUUCAGAUUGACACUGUGGCAUACCACUUCUCUGUUUUGCGAGACAUGUUUCCUAAUGGCAUGAAUGUCCUCUCUCUUUUCUCUGGGAUAGGUGGGGCAGAGAUAGCCCUUCAUCGGCUUGGUAUCCGUAUGAAGAAUGUUGUUUCUCUAGAGAUUUCAGAAGUGAACAGAAACGUCGUGAGGUGUUGGUGGGAGCAAACAAAUCAAACCGGGAAUUUGAUUCACCUUCCUGAUGUGCAAGAGCUGAAUGCUGACCGCUUGGAACAGUUUAUGAGUGCAUUUGGUGGAUUCGAUCUAGUAGUUGGUGGCAGUCCCUGUAACAAUCUAACAGGCAGCAACAGAUAUCAUCGAGAUGGACUCGAGGGUAAAGAAUCGUCACUUUUCUAUCAUUACUUUCGCAUACUGGACUUGGUUAAGUCUAUGAUGGCAGAGGGAUAUAGGUGAGUCCACAGAAAGCUAGUCAUGUUUUUGGUUACUUGUAUCCAAUCCCUUUUACCAUCUGAGUGAGACAGGAUCAUGCAUCUCAUUUUUGCUUCAGGUUUGGCUUGUAUUGUAAAUAAAAGAGAAAAUUGUAGAGAAAGACUAGUAGCUCGUAGGUAGCUUGUAUAUUGUAAUGCAACUCUGUGAAUAGGUUGAAACAUGGCUCAACUUGGUCUUUUUGAAUAACCCCAAAGCAUCUGCAGGCAACAUAAGUGAAUGAGGCGGCUACCUGAAUGAGGCGGCUACUCAAUUACAUACUGUUCAGUAACAUAAGUG